AUGUUUCCGACUUCCACGGCAUUGAUGUCCUUUCAGUAUGAACUCCAGCUGGCACAACAGCAACAAGCCAUUCUUCAGCAACAGCAACAACCACAAUUGGCACAGCAACAACAAACCAAUUCCCAGCGGCAGCAGAAUCAGCGUUGGGAUGUUUUUGGCAAUGCAGGCGGCCAACAAGAUGCCGAUCAACUUCUUGUUCAUCAACAUCAGCAGCAGCAGCGAAGGAACCACGAGCUCCGGUUGGAAAUCGAGCGUCUCGAACAGGAGUCCCAACAGCAACAGCAACAGCAACUCGAUAUUCAGCGUAAUCCACUACCGGUUUGCCCUCCCACAAACCCUAUUGAUCAGAGCAAUGACAAAUGCCAGCCUCCAAAGCAAGGCGAAAACCUCAACCAGCAACUCGGGGAUGUUCCUGAAGAACAGCCACCUCCACAUCUUCCUCAGCAGCCACCUGUUAUUCUUGAUGUCGAGCAGCCUUCUUUGUCACCUGCUCAUCAAAACAAACCAGUCAAAAAUGCAAGAAAGUCCAAAGAAUUCUGUGAAAUACCAGGGUGUUGGGAAAAUCACACGGGGACGGAUGCGAAUGGGUGGCACCUUUGUUUUGAUCACAGAAUGCGACAGCCACAGCAGCCAUCAAUCAAUAAUGAUGACGACAAUGGCAAUGGCAAGGACAGUGACAAUGCUGAGCAAAGAAAUAUUGCGAAAAAACGGAAAAGAUCGUUUCGUGCCAAGAAGAUAUUGGAUGCUGGUGGGGUUCUUCGGAUUAAAAAACAAAUGAAGAGUGGGGACGAGCUAUUCCGUCAGUGUCAGAAAUUCAGUAACUUACAGGACGCAAAGUCAGGCGCUGCAAGACAAUCCAAUCAACGCACAAGCAGAAGAACACAGAAGGCAGGUGCUUACGUACCUGGCAAUGACCGCUUGAAGGAUCAUCCAGACCACAAUUUUGACAAAAUCCAGUACCACGAUGAUGACGUCCUGACAGCAAUGAUGGAAUGGGAGGGUCGUGAGAAAAUGCCUGGUAAAAGCAAGAUUGAUGUUUUGGGCGACGGGGAACAUGGGAUAUUCUUGGAAUCCAGUACUCCAUAUGCGAAGGACGGGUUUAUUCAUGACAUUGGUGAGGCCAGCCGUGACAUCGUUUUGAACUAUCACGAUGAGGAGGUGCGACAGAACUUGUUGCAGACCGCAUUGAUAUCCAGUAGAAAAUGCAAAGUUGGUGGCAAUGACGACAAGGCACCAGCACUCUUUCGUGCAGCGGAAGUCCACUACAAUCAACACAGCACUGACGAAAUGCAGUUCAUGAAGGUCCACAAGGAUAAGAUUGGCAGCAUGGUGACAAUCUACGUUCUUGAAGGAAUUUCUUGGAAUUUUGUCGUUCUGGGAGGGCAGAAGGGGGAGAGUGGUGACUUUGAAACGGAUUUUGGGGACUAUCAUGAUUAUGUGGCCUGGAAGAAUGAACUCAAAACUUUGAACGGUCCAGACUUCAAGCUGGUGGAAGAAUAUGAGGUGGAACUCAAGAGGUACAAUGGGCCCAUCAUUGUCUACAAGUUGACCCCUGGGCAGCGACUUAUCUUUGAUGCCUUGGGAUACAACCAUGGUGUCAUUGUCCCAGGCAGCUUCGUGGACAAGGAAGGGAAAAUAACAGCCAACAAACGCUCUGUAAUUGUAUUCCAUGACCUGCUUCCCCAAUGGGAUGGAUUUAAAAAGGUCCAUCGCCACAUUGCCGCUCCCCAGACUGGUGGGACAGAAGAAGGCUCAGGCUCGGGCAGCAAGAGGGGAGGUAAGGCUGCACGCAACGUCAGGAGCAGUAGACGCCGAAAGUCGUAG